CUGGGACCCGCCUGCCGAUUUAGGGCUCAACCACACACCAAAAAAUAUUGAGCGAGUAAGCCAACAUUUGUGAGUCCAGUGAAGCCGAAAUCCACCCAGGAUCGCGAAUCUUUCUCUUCAGCCUGCCAACAAAGACAAGACACCAAGUCAAGUCCAGUCCCGACAACACAAGUCCUAUUUUCAAGAUGGCUCACCCCGGAUCUCAGAUCUCCAAGCGGAGAAAGUUCGUCGCCGACGGUGUCUUCUACGCCGAGCUCAACGAGUUCUUCCAGCGCGAGCUCGCUGAGGAGGGCUACUCCGGCGUCGAGGUCCGCGUUACCCCCACCGUCACCGAUAUCAUCAUCCGAGCCACCCACACCCAGGAGGUUCUCGGCGAGCAGGGCCGCCGCAUUCGUGAGCUCACCUCGCUCAUCCAGAAGCGAUUCAAGUUCCCCGAGAACUCCGUCUCCCUCUACGCCGCCAAGGUCCAGAACCGUGGUCUCUCCGCCGUCGCCCAGUGCGAGUCCCUCCGAUACAAGCUUCUUAACGGUCUCGCCGUCCGACGUGCUUGCUAUGGUGUCCUCCGCUUCAUCAUGGAGUCUGGUGCCAAGGGUUGCGAGGUUGUCGUCUCCGGUAAGCUCCGUGCUGCCCGUGCCAAGUCCAUGAAGUUCACCGACGGCUUCAUGAUUCACUCUGGUCAGCCCGCCAAGGACUUCAUCGAUCACGCUACCCGUCACGUUCUCCUCCGACAGGGUGUCCUGGGUAUCAAGGUCAAGAUCAUGCGCGGCUCCGACCCUGAGGGCAAGGCCGGUCCCCAAAAGACUCUCCCUGACGCUGUCACCAUUAUCGAGCCCAAGGAGGAGCAGGCUGUCCUCCAGCCUGUCAGCCAGGACUACGGCGCUAAGGCCGCCCAAGCCGCUCAGGCUGCUCAGGAUGCUCGUGUUGCUGAGGAGGAGGGUGGCGAUGAGGUCCAGGCUGUUGAGCAAUAGGAUGCUUAAAUCACCAGGCUGGGAAUAGCCGUCAAAACCUGAUGAAGGAAAGAUGGAGAUCCGUGGGAUGAGAGACGGAGGUCUACUCAGGCGUCAAUUGAUCAUUUGCAUCUGCUAAAGGGCACGGACGGUUUCAUUCUUGCUUGUAAUGGUAGGCAAAGCAUAAAAGAGAAAAAAAUGAGACCCCAAGAUUACGACGACACGUCUUGUGACUGUGUCUUCUGUCUACCAACACCUUGAGUACCUCUGAGAGGUCUUGUUUGAACUGAGUACGUGAAUGUCUCGUAGACAGUGGUGGCUGGCGUCCCUACAUAAUAUCGGUUGAAACGCUCAAGUCAACUAUCACGCUCGCUUGUUUCUUUCCAGGGCACUACACAUUCUCAUGCUAAUGCACACCACAGCUCAGGGGCGUCGUGACCACAAUGAGACAGUCAAUCAUGCCAUUGAUGGCCAUCUAAGUCCUACAAAAGAAUCUCAGAGGCUGCGGUUGGGUUCGGAUAUUUGUCGAUGUUCAAUUAUAUAGCGGUUUGAAACAAAUAUCCGUGUUUAGAGAGAGAUGUUGUCAAUAAUACCUAACUCCCUUGUCGAGCA